AUCGCCAGAUACCAUCACGUCGUCACACGUGGAUGACCCAAAUUAAACGCAUCGUUUUGUUGCUUACGCAAGAACAAAGCUCUCCCUCUGAAAGAGAAGAAAAAGUUGAUUCCCUCUGUUUCUUGAGGAAACUUCUUCCGUUGCAAAAGCUUACGAAGUCUUCCAUUAAUGGAAGCGCCCUUAUUUCACUCUCUCGCUGAUGUAGUAGCUUCCUAAGUAAAUGUGUUGCUGAUUUCGCAUUUGUUGAAUUUUGGGCUUUCUGUCUUCUUUUGUGCGGUGAUAUUUGUCCUCUUUGAAAGUUUUCCCCUUUUUAAAAAGUUUGGGUUCAGAGCUAAGUUUCUCUUAUUAGGAAAGUUCAUGAACUGAUCUCGUGACGUCUUCUAUGUUGUAGGUUACUGGUGGAGGUUUGAUUCAUUAAAUUUUGCUACGUUGUGGGAUCUUCAAGAAGAAUCCUUUGUAUCAGUUUUGAAUCUAUCAUCGAAGAUAUGGAAAACCCUUUUGCAUCCAGAGAAAAGGGUUUUGGUAAUUAUUCAGAUAUUCCAACAGAACAUAUGGAUGGUUUAAGCACAACCUUUGGUUCUGGCGUUAGGAGUUUGCUCUCUGAUGAUAUGCUCAACUCUUCCUCCGAGCUUAUGAAUUUCGACUCUUUUGCCGCAUGGUGUAACAGCCCUUCCGCUACUGAUAUCUUGUUCGCGCAAUACGGUCUGUCGAACUCCCAACCUAUGCCUUUUGGAGCUUUCACUUCAUUUCAUGCAGCUGAGCCGAAGGCUACCAGUCUCACUCGUUCGUUCCAUGAUUUGGAAAGCUCUUACUAUGGUCAAGAAAGAUCGUCAGUACAGGAAUUGAGCUCUCAGUUUCAUCGCUCAUCAGAUAGCGAUGAGUUAAGUGGAAAACGGCGCAAGGUUGUUAAUCAGAAGAUUGGUUUUCCUAACGUACUCAACUGUACUAUUCCCAGGUCUUUGAGCCACUCAUUAGAUGAGAAGAUGCUUAAGGCAUUAAGCUUAUUUAUGGAGUCCUCAGGUUCAGGAGAGGGCAUUUUAGCUCAAGUUUGGACCCCCAUUCGGACAGGAGAUCAGUACUUGCUUAGUACUUGUGAUCAGGCCUAUUUGCUUGAUCCGAGGCUUUCUCAGUACCGUGAAGUGUCAAGGAAAUUUACGUUUGCUUCUGAAGCAAAUCAAAGUUCUUUUCCGGGUCUUCCUGGCCGAGUCUUUAUCUCGGGAGUACCGGAAUGGACAUCAAACAUUAUGUAUUACAAGACGGAUGAGUAUUUGCGCAUGAAGCAUGCAAUUGAUAAUGAAGUCCGUGGUUCCAUUGCAAUACCUAUCCUUGAAGCCUCCGGGACAUCUUGUUGUGCUGUCAUGGAAUUCGUUACAUCCAAGGAAAAACCCAAUUUUGAUAUGGAGAUGGACUCUGUUUGCCGUGCUCUCCAGCUUGAUUUAGGGUAUGAGAAUCUUUGUUGGCUUAAGACCUGCCUGAGUACUCUGCCUUUGUCAAUGAAAGCUUCCACGGCAGCUCUGGAGACAGUUUGUUGUGGUUGCAAUCUGAGGUUACAAAACGCUGUAAACUUACGGACAUCAGCCAUUCCUCGUCCUCAGUACCUUUCAAGUAGUCAAAGAGAUGCCUUAGCUGAAAUACAGGAUGUUCUCCGAGCAGUAUGUCAUGCACACAAGCUGCCCUUAGCUCUUGCCUGGAUUCCUUGUAGAAAGGAUCAAUCUAUAAGGGUUUCUGGACCAAAAUCUGGUGAAAAUUACAUUCUUUGCAUAGAAGAGACAGCUUGUUAUGUGAAUGAUAUGGAGAUGAAAGGCUUUGUGCACGCAUGUUUGGAGCAUUGUCUAAGAGAAAAGGAAGGAAUUGUUGGUAAAGCGUUCAUAUCCAACCAGCCGUUCUUUUCUUCUGAUGUGAAGUCAUAUGACAUCAGUGAGUACCCUAUUGUUCAGCAUGCUCGAAAGUACGGUCUGAAUGCUGCUGUUGCUAUAAAACUGAGGAGCACUUACACUGGCGAAGAUGAUUACAUACUUGAACUAUUCUUGCCUGUAAGUAUGAAAGGAAGCUUGGAACAACAACUUCUUUUAGACAGCCUUUCGGGUACAAUGCAGAGGAUUUGUCGGACUUUGAGAACUGUUUCAGAAGUGGGGUCAACAAAAAAGGAAGUGUCUAAUUUCCCGCAGAUCACGUCUUUGGGAAACUUGGGAAACUUUCAGACACGAUCAUUGGAUUCUGAGGUUAACUCUACUAGAAGCAUAUUUUCGGGUAUGUCCUCUGAUAAAGAAAACAGUAUCACAAUAUCUCAAGGUGCUUUGGAGCAGGAUAUGAGCAAAGCAAGAACACUAGAGAAGAAGAAAAGCACCACAGAGAAAAAUGUGACCUUAAGCGCUCUCCAACAACACUUUUCUGGGAGUCUAAAGGAUGCUGCAAAAAGCCUUGGUGUUUGUCCAACUACAUUGAAACGGAUAUGUAGGCAACAUGGGAUCAUGAGGUGGCCAUCUCGUAAGAUUAACAAAGUGAACAGGUCACUAAGGAAAAUACAGACGGUACUUGACUCGGUCCAAGGUGUAGAAGGAGGACUAAAGUUUGACUCAACAACAGGCGAAUUCAUUGCAGUUGGACCUUUGAUCCAAGAAUUUGAUACCCAAAAGGGUCUAUCGUCUCAUGGUAAUGAUGCACAUGCAAGAAGAAGUCAGGAGGAUAUGACUGACGAUACUUCGUUCGAGCUCCAUGAAGCUAAAUUUGUCGACAAUGCCAUUAAGUUAGAGGAGGAUAUGAUCAUGAACCAAGCAAGAACCGGAUCAUUCAUGGAGAUUAAUGCUAGUGGUCAGCCGUGGGGUUGGAUGGCCGAACAGUCUGGCUUGAAUGGCAGUGAAGGAAUACAUAGCGUUUGCAACUUAAGCUCUCUGGAAAUUUCAGAUGGAAUGGAUCCAACAAUCCGAUGCAGUGGCAGUAUUGUUGAACCUAACCAAUCCAUGUCAUGCAGCAUAUCAGAUUCAUCAAAUGGCUCAGGUGCAGUUAUGCGCGGAAGCUCAUCUACUUCCAUGGAAGAUUGGAACCAAAUGAAAACCCAAAACAAUAAUAGCGGCGAGAGUAGAUCAACAACGCUGAUCGUAAAGGCCACCUAUAGAGAAGACACUGUACGUUUCAAGUUUGAGCCAUCGGUUGGGUGUCCUCAGCUCUACAAAGAAGUUGGAAAACGCUUUAAACUGCAAGACGGGUCGUUUCAACUGAAGUACUUGGAUGAUGAAGAAGAAUGGGUGAUGCUGGUUACUGAUUCUGAUCUCCAAGAAUGCUUGGAGAUACUAUAUGGUAUGGGAAAACACUCCGUGAAGUUUCUGGUUCGGGAUUUGCCUGUCCUUAUUGGUAGUUCUGCUGGCAGCAAUGGUUACCUAGGAACAGGUUUAUGACAUCUACUCUAUCGUCUCUACACACACAAUUAUGUAUUCGCCGGUGAAAGUUGUUUAUUUCUCCAGAUAUUAGUUUGCUUAUUAUAGAAAGACGUAAGGGAGGAAAACAGUUUUGGUAUAGUGGAGUCCGGAGAAUGUAUAUGUUUUUCGUUUUAUAUGAAUCAGAGAAUAAAAUGUUGUAUCUACGUUGCUUAUGUUGUACUCUAAAACACCUGUUUAAUUUCUUUUUGGUUUAAUUUAGUUUGGUUUUAUGUU